AAGGGCCUGAUGGCAACCGUAUGCCAUCAUGACAUCCCCCUUUUCCUCUGCGAUGUACGCACUCCGGGUGAACAGCAGCACUUUUCAAUUGCCAUGCUCCUUGCACUUAGCUGCCAACUACCCUCAAAUGCCACUAUUGGAUUAAUGUAUGAUGUUGGGUGUGUUCUUGAUCGAUCGAUCGCCAAGUACAAUCUUAUCCCCGAAAUCGCUCCUAGAUUGAGCAUCGCCGUUUCAGUCUUCCAUGCCUACACACAUCAAUUCUGUUGUCAAAUCGCAUUUCACCCCUGGAAACGAAAUGGGUUCGGAAAGUCAAACGGGGAAGGAAAUGAGCGAUUAUGGUCC